AUGGGUGAUAUAUCGGAACCGAUAAAAAAAUGCAUACUCAUUUUAAAAUCCGCGAAAACUGACACGGAGAAAUUCGCGGCGUUGUUUAUGGUGACUAAACUCGUCAAGAGCAAGGACUGCAAUUCUCAAGCUAGGAAGGCACUCUUCGAAGCAAUCGGAUUCCAGUUUCUGAAGAAGCUUCUUUCGAACAACUCUGUUGAAGAUGAUUGUCCACCUUCUGUGUACAAGUCAGUUGCCUUAUCAAUACUCACAUGCUUCUGCAAUGAUCCUGAGCUUGCAACACAUCCAGAAAUGCUUGCCAAUAUCCCUGUAUUCCUUGAAAUAGUGCAGAAGUCAGAACAUGAAGAUUACGAUGAUGAUCUUAUUAUCAUUAGUGAAGCCUACACAUGUCUACAGUGCAUCGCUGAGCAUGAGGCCGGACAGAAAGCUCUUAUUGAAGUAGGUGCUAUCACUAAAAUGUCCGAGAUCUAUUCUCAUCAAAGUUUUCAAACUGAUGAAGCUCUUAAUAUCCUUGUCAAGCUAGUAAGCAGAUAUGGCCCAGCAGCUUGGGGUAACGAUCCAAAACCCUUCCAUGCUUUAGUUAAUAAAAUUGCCCUAGAUUUUGCAACUGAUCAGUCAGAAAGAAAGUUUGAACUGGCUACCAUUUUGAGUGCACUUUUGUAUAGCUGCAACAAAGCAACAGUGAUUCCUGGUUCAGCUGAUGAAACAUGGCCACAGAGCAUUUAUAAAGCUCUUCAUGAUAUCCUCACUAGCAAAAUUGGCAAGAACCAGAGGGACCCUGCCCUCAAACUGGCUGCCAACAUUGUUGACCUUCUAGGAAUAGAGUGGACAUUAAAUGAUGAAGAAAAUCCCAAGAAAUUCUUUCUUUUGCUGCAACAGUUAUGUGCCAUUGAAGUUAGAAUGCAAUUAGAAGAUAGGAGUUUUAAACAAGCUUAUGCUAAUGCUGACCUGGUAACUGCUUGCUUUAUUGUACUGGAGCUUUCCAUCAAUUACAUGGCUACAGACCAGCUUGACUUGGAGCAAAAAGAAAAGCAAUCAGUUUACACUGGUCUGAAAGGUGCUUUCAAUGCUGUGGUGUCAAUGCUAACUAAAGUACACAACGAUAAGAACAAAGAUAAAUUGCCUGAUGCAGAGAAAGUUUAUGUUUGUGCUAUGGUGAGAGUUUUAGUUGCCUGGAUUGCUCAAGAAACAACUGCAAUGAGGGAUCAAGUUUAUACUUUACUUCCAUUUAUGUUCUCGCUAGCCAAUGAUUCAUUCCAUGCCUACCGAUCCAGGAAGCUCACCGAAAAGAACAAGUCAGAAGGUGAACCUAUGGAAACAGACACCUCAGUUAUGGGACAAAUUGACCUCUUGCGAUUAAUGUUGCCAGCUCUCUGCCAUUUAGUUGUAGAAGAUAAAGCUAGAGCCAUAGUAUUCAACUUAAAACAAGAAGACAUACUUUAUGAAGCCAUGAGUUUCCACUGGUCAAUUGUUCACUAUAAAAAGCCACCCAUACCAAAAUCUGAAAGAGGAAAGGUUAAGAGCCAACCUGCUCCUGAAUUAGACCCUAAAGUAUUAGAAGAUAUGAAAGACUCUAGGGCAGCUAUGGUCAGUCUAUGCAAUAUUUUCAUGAAUCUCACAGUGCUUGCACCAAAAGUUGUUGAAAAUAGUAUGUUAUUCAACACCUUACUCAAGUUUAUUUUUAAUGACUUACCAGAGUUGAAGGAUAUUCCUGAAAACUUGGUUCUCCAUGGUCAUCUGGCAGUAUUGGGCUUACUAUUACUUAAACAACAGGCGAGUAAAGUCAAGAAGAAUGACUUCUCCAUUUGCAGAUAUAUUCAAUCCACUAUUAGAUUCCUGUGGGAUGCUUACAACAUUGAUGAGUCAAAUGAUCCCAGUGCUCUUGUUGUGUCAAUGGGCUACAAGGAACACUGGAAUGAAAUAGCUGAUCUGUGGUUCCUAGGAAUGCAGACUAUGAGUGGUGUUCUUACUAUAGUGCCAUGGAUUUCAGAGUUUGCAAUUGAGAGUGGCUGGGCACAUGGCAUUGCUGAAAUGCUGACUAAGGUCAAAGUUGGCACACUUCCACCAAAUGUCAAGUCGGCAUUUGAAGAUUUCCUUUGUAGACUAGUAGACUCAAAUGAGAGUGUUAUACCUGUACUUAAGAAAGCUGGUGCUCUAAAAAUGUGCAGAAACCACCGGUUUAUGGACUUAGGCAAGAAGUUGUUUGGUGAUUAA